AUGGUGACCUUAACAUCCCUAACAAACUCAUCGGUGCUCUCCUGGGCCAUCGGAGCAGUCGUCCUAUUCGAGACACCAUUCGAUAAUAUAUUUUCUGGCCCCCGAAAGCUUGUUACUAUUUUGGCGUUUGUGGCCGUUUACACCCUGGCGUUUUUAUGGCAAAAUCAGGUGACUGAGAUUGUCCCCGAGCCCUACUUAGAUGAAGUGUUUCACAUCCCUCAAGCACAAGCAUAUUGCAGAGCGGCCUAUGAGGUCUGGGAUCCAAAACUUACUACCCCUCCUGGCCUAUAUGCCUUUUCGACGGUCUGGAUUAAAACACUGGGCUAUGGAGUAUGCAGUGUUUACAAUCUCCGGCGCUUUAGCGUCUUCGCCCUCUGUAUUACAAUGGUGUAUGCCUUCGAGUGCCGCACACUCAUAACCUCCAUAUGGCAACGAAAUCCCUUGGCCACCGCCAAACCAACAGGUAUUAUCUCUGCGAAAACACCAUAUGUCCCCAAUUUCCGCUCAUUUGUCACCUCUAUCUGGCACCGAGACCCCCCAGCCACCACCAAAAUCCCGAGAGCAGGAAUUAUGAAGAAGGAUGCUAUCCUUACAGCAUCGAGUAUCGCGCUUUUCCCCCCACUAUUCCUCUUCUCUGGGCUCUUCUACACAGAUGUACUUUCAACUUGCCUUGUCCUGACUUCAUACCGGCUUUUCCUCCAACGCAAAAGCUUUUACGAGAACUCAGGAUCCGGAUUUUUGAGAAUUUACGUCACUGGAAUGGUAGCACUUACUAUGAGGCAGACUAAUAUUUUCUGGGUUGCCAUCUUCAUGGGUGGCUCAGAGGCCGUGAGGAUUAUCAAGAUGAAUGAAUCUCCGUCGACUGCCACUAAACCGGCAUCUCGAACUUGGCCAGAAAUAAUUAUGGCUACUUUUUCACAGUACAGCCGGGGCGAUAUUCAUGAUGUGCCUUUACAAGAUGCUGGUGUGACUGAUUUCAUCCUUUGCGCUCUCAGUAUUGCAGUUGCCAUUCUGUGUCAUCCUAUCCUUAUCCUGUCCCGGUUACUGCCGUAUAUUGCACUUCUCAUCUCAUUUAUGCUAUUCGUCCUCUGGAACGGUAGUGUCGUCCUAGGCGAUAAAUCAAACCAUGUCGCAACUAUCCACAUUACACAACUCCUCUAUCUCUUUCCCUUCCUGGCUUUCUUCACCGCGCCACUCAUCAUCCCCUCCUUCUUCCAGCACACAGUUGCCACACUGAAAUCCAAGUUUUCGUUCCGAAAGGCCACCCCAGCAGUGAUUUACACAACCCUAGCGCUCCUCACAACACUAGCAAUCAUACACUACAACACCAUUAUCCAUCCAUUCACCCUAGCUGAUAACAGACACUACGUAUUUUACGUCUUCCGAUACAGCAUUCUCCGGCAUCCAUUAAUUCGGUACCUCCUUGCGCCUAUCUAUCUCCUCUGCGCUUGGGCAGUAUACUUGGCUUUUAUUCCACUUCCAUCCGAUAGCUAUUCUAGUCCAUCGGACACGGGAAGUGCCCCCACCACAAAGCCAACGGAACCUACCAGGACUCAAGGCGCCGAAGCCGCCCUUCCUCCACCAACCAUGUCCAACACAACCAACACAACAUCAACACUCCUCCUCCUCCUCAUCCCUACAGCAUUGUCACUAAUAACAGCACCCCUGGUUGAACCGCGGUAUUUCAUCUUACCAUGGGUAUUCUAUCGACUUCACCUGCCCACUCCUUCAGCAUCACCAUCGGCAUCUACCCCUCGAUGGGAUGGAAUUUUAGGAGGAAAGACUAAGUGGCUGUGGUUCGAGAUGUUAUGGUUCCUGCUAAUCAAUGCAAUUACGGGGUAUAUCUUUUUAUAUCGGGGGUUUAAGUGGCCGCAGGAGCCUGGGAAGGUGCAGAGGUUUAUGUGGUAA